CUCCGAAGCUCGUCGUCUCAGUCCUCAACGACACCCAAUGGCAAAGUCAGGUGGUUCUUUUUCAGACGUGGUAGGGCGGAAAGGUCAAUCGAUCGGGGUCUAAGAGGGUCCUGCAUUUUGCGUGUGGCUGCAGGGCGUCGUUUCGCAGCGCAGCGAAGGAGCACUGCAGCGCCUAGAUCCAGCCAUGAGCCUUGGCGGAGAAUUAUCUCAGAGGCCGUCAUGGACACCGUGCUCGUGCUCUCGACCCAAGCUAAUCGCGGGCACGAACCUCUCCCUAGUGUCCACUUCAUCUCGCACAGAUACCCUUUCGUCCUCGUCAUUGCCGGCGACUCUUCCAGGCAGCAGCUAUGUCGUACAGGAGCUAUUCCGAGAGCAAGCAUGCUCUGUCGUCCGGCAACGCCACACCUGAGCUGCCAAAGCGGGCCGCCUCCGAUUAUCAGAGACGGCCGAAGCCUUGGUGGCGAAGACCGGCGCCGCUGAUAUGGACAUUUCUCCUCGUUGCGGCGGUCGUCGCGGCGGCCGUGCUCGGCGCCUACUACGGCAUCAAGAACCGUGUCCCCAACGAUGGUCAUCAGCACAAGCCUCUCAAGUUGCCGUCGAUGGGCUUAGCUACUGACGCCGAAGGGAUGCGGGAGGCGGGCUCCUUCUACACGAGCAGCGACAGCUAUAAGCCCAAAGUCUUCUCAUGGUCAGAUGAUGGUGGCGUUGACCUCGACGCUACCACCAGUGACCUCAAUGGGGUCGACAUUGUCGUCAAUACCUCGGCCGUUGCGCAACCCAUGGACGGCUUUGGCGCCGCGUUUACCGACAGCUCGUGCUGGCUUCUCUUUCAGCUCAAGCAGAGCAACGCCACCAACUACGAGGCAGUCAUGGAUUACUUUUUCAAUAACCGCACUGGAUUCAGCUCCAUUCGUGUUCCCAUUGGAUCGAGCGACUACUCUGCGCAGGGAAUCUACACCUUUGCCGAUACCAAUGCCACCAUCACCGGCGGUAACUCGUCGCUCGCCAACUUUACCAUCCAGGACACCCGUGCCUACAUUUUGCCCGUCCUCCAGGACGCCGUCAAUCGUCGGCCAGAUCUCAAGAUUAUGCUUUCGACUUGGACGCCGCCGGCCUGGAUGAAGACAUCCAACAAUACGAAUGGUGGUCAGCUUCUGUAUGGCCAGGAGCCCUUGUAUGCCGAAUACCUUGCCAAGAGCUAUCAGGCGCUGGUCCGCGCCGGAGUGACGGCGACGUCGCUCACGAUACAGAAUGAGCCGACUAGAGGCACAGAGACUUAUCCAUCAAGCUGGCUGUCUGCCUCGAGCGAGGCGGCCGUAGCUGCCUCCUUGCGUACUCAGCUUGCCACCAUGGGCUACCACCCCAAGAUCUUCGUCCAUGACGACAAUUUCAGCGGUUGGUCUCGUGCCGUUGACGCCAUCAAGGCCAACACGAGCGACGGAGUAGCUUGGCAUUGCUACAAUGGCAAUGCAAGUCAGCUCGAUGAUUUCAACGCCGCGACGGCCGGGAUGAGCCAUGAGGCCCACUUGACCGAGUGCACCACGACCGACGACAGUGACAACCAGUGGUGGUCGACCAAGUAUUGGCUGAGCAACUUCUUAUUCCCGACGAUCAACCGCGGCGUUCGCUCCUUCAUGGCGUGGAACAUCGUGCUCGACAAAAAGUCGAAGCCAUACAUUGAGAAUGCACCGUGCGAGAAUUGCCAGGGAGCUUUUACCCUCACGUCGCCCAACAACUUUAUGGAUCCGGCCAUGUGGGCGGGCAAUGCGCAAUUUAUCGUCACUUACCAUUUCGCAGCAGCUACGGCCAACCUCACUCGGCUUGGCGGCGGUGCUGCGUACCGCGUUGCUGCAGAUGCGGGGACGCAGAUGCCAUCGCUGGGUACGGCAGGCUUGGGUUGCUUGAGCGGCAUCUCCACCUUUGCGGCGCCCUGGAACGGGACCAAUUUGGCUACAUCGAGUCAGAAGCGCAUCGGGAUGGUUGUGCAGAAUGACUGCUCGAGGCGGACGGCCAUGAUCAGCGUUGAUGGCAGGAGGGGGACGUUCAAAUUCAGCUCGGGGCUGACGACUCUCAUCCUCAAUGCUUAG